AAGUAUCAUAUCUGAACUGUCCGUCCGUCCCAUCAAUUGAAUCGGUUGACUGUCCACCUGUCCGUCCGUCCCAUCAAUCAAUCGGUUAAAUAUAUAAAAACAAUGUCUUUAGUAAACGAGCGGUCAGUUUUCGCUAAUUUGAACGCCCGAAGUGAACUGGAACUGUUGGACAAUAUCUACGAUCGCAUCAUAAUUACCGAUAACAGCGCUAAUAUACUCAAUAUAUUAGCCGAAUCUUCGGCCAUCAAUCCCGACGAGGAUAUCAUACGUAAGAGAGGCCGCCGAAAGACGCCAAAGUUGUCGCAACUGCCGCUCAGGCGAUCGCCGCGAAAAGCGCCCUCAAGUAUUGGUUACCAACGAUCGGCGGCAGCGGCAUCGGUGUCGAUGGACUUGAGUACCGAUGAGACUGCGUCGACGACUACGGCUACGGCAUCGCACGAUUACUUUUUGAGGACACCAAAGAAAACGCCGACCAAAUCGUUGUUUAGCCGAACACCUAGAAAGACGCCGUCGAAGAGCGCCGGGUCUGCGGCGGUCAAUACGCCAUCAAAACUACGMGUAUCUCCGCGAAAACGUCUACAAUUGGACGGCGACGACAGCGGUAUCGGUUUGACACCGACUUAUUUGUCACCCGAUUAUUUACAAGACAUUACUACUCCRUCMACUAGUGGUUACAAAUCAUCAAAAUCGUCGGCCGCAUCGGCCAACACAACAACCGUUCAAAAGUCGAAAAGCGGUUCAAAGAGUGCUUCAGUUAUUUCUCGGCGAAGACGUCGCCGAUAUUUUUAACAAAAAAAUUAUUAWUUUUUUGCAAUUUUUAAGUUCAAUUUAAGUCCCCUUUUAUUGCUAUCAUUUUUUUAUACAAUUUUUUUUAUCGAUUAUUAUCUCUCAUAUAUAUAC